AUGGAUGUGCUCAGAAAAUUCGGGGGCUGGUUUGCUCCUCCGCCGAACAAGGCGGAAGACGGCCGUGAUGCAUGGCCUUCAAGGGCCUCCUUUCUUCUGGCCUCCAUGGGUGGCUGCGCCGGAAUGGGCAACCUCCUUCGAUACCCGUCACAAGUUUACAACAACCACGGCCUGCAGUGGUACAUCCCAUACUUGAUGGCCGUUUUCAUUGUUGCCAUCCCGGUUCUCGUACUGGAGAUUGCAAUCGGACAAGCCUACCGCGGCGGUAGUGUUGUAGCAUACGCAAAUGUCAACCAGAGACUAAAGGGAUUGGGACUGUCACUGAUCUAUGUUGGAUUCGUUGUCACGCCCUACUUUGUCGUAAACUUGGCGUGGAUCAUGAGCUACUUCCGACACUCUUUUACAAGUCCAUUACCAUGGACCAAUGAGCCCGAUUAUUUCUUCAACCGAAAGGUCGUUGCCAACGUUGAUCCGAUCGAGGGCAAUCUUACGGCAGAUGGCACCAGCGUCUUGAACUACACAGAGUACCCUGGAACCGCUCUACUGGGAGAGACGACUGGAUGGGCAGCUUUCACUUUUUUUCUCAUGUAUAUUUCCAUCUUCCGUGGAGUCGGACUUACUGGUCGCGUCGUUUACUUUACCAUGGGCUUGCCUAUCGUGGUCACCAUUGUCUUGAUUGGUAGGUCCGUGUCGCUUGAAAAUGCAGGAGAGGGAGUGAAGCUCUACUUCGCGACGUGGAGAGGUGACCAACUGGCGCGAGGCCAGGUCUGGCAGACAGCUUGUGGUCAGGUGUUCUUCAGCACCGGAGUGGGUUUCGGCUACUUCACAUCGUACGCCUCGUAUAAUCGCCAGUACUCGAACGCAGUCAUGGAUUCGAUCUUGAUUGUCUGCAGCAACGUACUGUUUGAGAAUAUCGCCGCGUUUGCCGUGUUCGGCGUUGUUGGAUACCUGGGUAUGCGCCCCGACCCCGAGAAUCCCAUCGGAGGCUUCAGCGUCGGCUUCCUCACCCUGCCUCAAGCGGUGGCCGAAAUGCCUGGUGCCAAUUUCUGGGCCGUCGCCUUGUUCUUCACUCUCAUGGUUCUCGGCUACAGUUCAGCAUUCGCCAUGUUGGACGCUAUCGUCACGCUCGUAAUGGACACAGGCAUCAAGGCUAGCCGACCCAUUGUGGUCACGAGUCUCACCAUCCUGUCUUUUCUUCUCUGCCUUCCUUACUGCACCGAGUUUGGCUACUACCUCCUUACUGGUAUCGACCGCUGGACGAAUGAUGUGGCGCUCGUGUUUGUUGUUUUCGCAGAAUGUAUUUCGUCGACGAGUGUUUACCGCUGCAAAGAUGUCAUCGGACAAGUCGGCAAGCCAGCAUUUGUCAUCUACAACACUUGCUACGUCUUAGCCAUGGUGCUGGGAGUGGCUAUCGCUCACGCUGUUCAUCCCGGUGCUGGAGCUGGCGUUGGAUUUGGUAUUUUCAUUGGCGGAAGUGUUGCUUCUGGUGUUAUCGGCAAAACCCCUGACUCUAUCCCGCCGAGGUUCUGGGGAAAGAAUGCUUUCAUGGGCAAGUUCUGGUACCUGGCCUUCUACUCUGGGAAUCAACUUCGCAGAGAUCUGAAUGUCGUUAUUGGCAGCGGAAAGAACUGGAACAUUCCGACGUUCUGGCCUGUGCUUCUCCGCUACAUCUCGGGUCCAAUCUUGGCUAUUGUCUACGGCUUUUCCUACCCGUCAUUCUACGAACUCCGAUACGAUCCCUUGCACAUUCUGGGCUUUGCUGUCGGUCACAUCGCUUUAAUCUUGAUCUUGGCCGGCUUUAUAGUGCCGCGCUGGUUCAACGUUUUCAUCCCGGCGCAUCGUCAAAAUGAGGGAAAGAUGGCUUAUGCUCCAAAUGUCACUAUCGGCGCAGAUGAGGCCCAAGCUAUCGCAGCUGGAACCAUGGAGCAAGGACACUCGCGUUCAGAUGAAGGCAUUGGCCGGAAAGUGUCGCCUGCCAACGAUGGACUGAUCACAGAGGAGGAAAGGAAGAAUGCCCUUUGA